AUGCCUGUCCACUGCAUGUCAUUCUGUUGGUCACGUGCUUCCUUCAGGACUGAUCUAUCUAUCUAUCUAUCUAUCUAUCUAUCUAUCUAUCUAUCUAUCUAUGUAUCUCCCCAUAUCAAUCAAGGAGUUUAUGCGCACAAAUUCUUACAUCCACAUAUGCUGUCUGAGUUGCUUACCUUCCGAACUUUCCCUCUCAGCCAUCACGCAAGCUGCUGCGACAUCGUCGGCUUAAUUUGCGACAAGUUAUCACCGACAUUAAUCAAUACAAGCGUUGUGCACUUCUUUCCAGCCGAUCGGAUAUUUCAUCCGAGAUUUCACAAAUUCAAUGACAAGUGUGAAGCAAUUUCCCGCCUUGUCCAAGGAGCACCGAAUCAACGUAACGUAAAUCAUGAGAUAAAGCAAAUAUCUCUUCAUGACGACUUUUCUUCAAAUUUAGAGGUUGAUAUAAUGAGGUCCUCAGCGAAUUCCUUAAAUAGGGUAAAUCUAUCUAUAUAUCUUUCUGUCUAUCUGUCUAUCUCGGUCUGUCCAUAUCUAUCUAUCUAUCUAUCUAUCUAUCUAUCUAUCUAUCUGUCUGUCUGUCUGUUUAUUUACAAAUACGUUUAA